CAGUGCUCUGCUUUGUUUGCAGAAAUUGAACCCUCCUGCAGUUCUGAAAGCUCCCAAAGAGAGAAAGCCAAGCAAGAAGGAGGGAGGGUCACCAGGGAAGUCGUCGAACCUCCCAGCUAUGCUCUACAGCUGUGGGAUCUGUAAGAAAAACCAAGACCAGCAUCUUUUACUGCUAUGUGACACGUGUAAGCUGCAUUACCACCUGGGCUGCCUGGACCCGCCUCUCACACGCAUGCCGAAGAAGACCAAAAACAGCUACUGGCAGUGCUCUGAGUGCGACCAGGCCAGCAGUGAUGAGGCUGACAUUGCCAUGGAGACGCUACCUGAUGGAACCAAAAGGUCCAGGAGGCAGAUCAAGGGACCAAUCAAAUUCAUCCCUCAAGAAAUGAGCCCAGAACCCAAGAAGCCUCAAGUGAGAGGGACUAGAACCAGAGGCCAGAAGAGGAAAAGAACGUCCAUCUGCGAGGAGGAGAAGAUCGAGGAACCUUCACCGCGGGAGCGCAGACAGAGGCAGUCGACUCUACAGAAAAAGCCCAAAGCCGAUGACACGAGGACCGAGUGCACCACCUGCAAGGGCCCCGGCGACAAUGAAAACCUAGUGAGGUUGUGAGAGCCGGGCACCACCUCCUCCCCUAGAAAAGGACAGAUGAGAGAGAGACAGGGAGAGAGAGAGAGAGAGGGAAAUUAACUCGUUUGAAGAGCGGCGUUGGGGUCGGGGAGGAGCCACCUUCGACCGUCCCUUCUGCCCAAAUCCAUGGACCUAAUCAUGGUUAAACGACGGUCCGGCAAAAUAUUCUGAAAGACUAUCGUAUAUGGACUAACGUAAAAUUGGUUCAGUUUGCACUGGGAGGGGGCGAUCGACCCUCAUUGGACACUUUAAAUGGACUUUAUAUGGACAGAAUACUCAGUUAGCCAGUUUGGAGGCAAAUAGCGUCGUUCUUUUUGGAAUACAUGAACAGUAACGCUGUUUCUGGGCCUUUUGCUCUAUGGAUUAAGCCAGAUUCUGGGCCGUUUCACCAUCUUUGCAAGCGAUUUGCUGUCAUCUGGCCUUCUUUGGGCCUCCUGGACUUUCCUUUUCUCUCUCACUUUUACAUUGGCUUUAAAACAGCGCACACUUCACUCGAUCAGCUGUGUUGAUUGAGUCCAAGGUGCUUCUGAAAGCUAAUUGUGUCCUCUGUCUUGCUUUUAUUAUGAAUGCUUUUAUUGCUUUUGUUUCGUGACUCUGCUCUUUUUUUGCCUGUGAUGUUUGGAUUGUAUGGUUAAAAGUGGUUAGACGAUAGAAUCAGUCGAAUCUGUGUUUGAAUCUUUUUACUAGUUGUGGUAGCAUAAUAUAGCUCAAAAUGAUAAUAUUCAUACUUAAACUUAUAGUUCUUUCCUUAGUAUCAUAUCAGUGAUAGCCUGAAUCUCACAAGAACAUAUCUAGGUAUAUUUCACCAUUGAAAUUCACCACAUGAUACUCAUACAUUUCCUAUCCCGAAGUAAAGCCGGUUCUAUAAUUAGAAGUAAAUCUCUAUCACCUGCUUUCAAAUGGAGUGGCAUUUACUACACAGAGCCAUAGUUCACUGACAAAGCUACGCAAUAUCGCGUUCAUUAUUGCCGAUUAUCGCCUGCCUGUAGCUUGUAAGUGACAAGAUUCACAGGAUAAUCAAAUUUGACUGACAGGUGACACGGGGGUCUAACUUCCCACUUUGACGGUAUCCUGUGACUUCUGCCUUUAUGCCAUUGGGGACAGCUACAUGCUUUCUCAAACUGCUUACUCGCAACAAUUCCCUUCCCUGGGAUUUACACAGCUUUCCCUCUCUGGAUGACUUUAGCUGCCCUUUAACCUCUCACCCCACUGUAUCUCUAGCCACAGCUUUAUCUCUCUCUUCUACAGCUGUCUUGCCUAGCUCACAGCAUACUGUGUGUGUAAGUGUUUGUUGGGGCACAUACUGCAUCUGCUUUGUCGAGAUAAUGCUGCAAGAUGGAGCCUUUUAGAUUACAGGUCUCCUGUUAAGUCAUGUGAUGUCAGUUUAGCGAAGUAUUGAGUUCUUUCUGGCAUGAGCUGUGCUGGGUUUUUUUUUUUUUGUACCUCAAAUGUUUUGGAUUUGAAAAGUUUAUUUGUACUUGAAUUUUUUUUCUUCAUAUAUUUAUUUCAUGUAAAUAUCUGACAUGGUAAUGUAUUUCUUAGAUAUUCCCCAUAAUUAAUGUGUUAAUGUGACUUAAACUGAGAUUAUGGCAUUGCAUCCGUGAGUAUUUGUGUCCUGUGUAUAUGCAGUGAUUUUGUUACCGUGCGUCAUUUCGCACAAGUGUGGUCUUGGGACAGAGGCAUUGCGUCAUGCAAGCCUUAAUAAACUUUUGACUUUUUCGCCUCA